AUGUCAUGCCCGCCGCAACAUCAACAACAACAACAACAAACCCCUGAUCCCACGCAAGCAAUAUCCGAUGACGAGUACAACAACGAUGCCUUGAGUUCCAGCAGCGAUUACGGAUCCGACUUCAGCGCCGAUGAAACAGACCUGCUGAGCCAGCUCCUCGCGCAAGCCGACGCGACCGCGACCGCGACAGAUUCAACAACAAAAACAACAAUACCUAGGUCUCUUUCUCAACACCAACACGGACACCAAAUUCCCGUCCCCGGAUUCAUCCCGGCUCCGGCGCCGAUCCCGGAUAUCGAAGACCUAGGAGCAGGCGGCGAGGAUGAUGCAGCGGGCGGUAGUCGGGUGCCGAGGGUACUGGGGAGGGAGAAGAAAUGGCCUUUGUGGCAGGUUCAGAAAGCUGGAGGAGCGCUCUCGGAUGCGCGUGAGCAUAAGGCAGGCUGGGUCCCUAUCUUCAGGGGGCCCACGGCUGUUGAGCAUCCUGAUUCUACGGAGGGCCGGGCGAGGCAGCGGGAGAGGGAUAUAGCUCGUGAGCAAGAAGCGAUUAGGAAUGGUACUGUGGAUGAGAAUGGGACUGGUGAUAGGAAGGAGAAAGCCGUGGACGAUAUGCUAUCGCCUGUGGAGCGUUUUCGAAGGCCGCCGAACAAGGCCUUUUCCGUUACGGAUUUGGUCUCGCCUGCCUGGUGCGAGGUGCAGUACUGGUAUACUUUGACGAAGCAUGGGCGGAAGCGGAGGACACCGGCGAUGAAGAAGGGGAGUACGAUACACAAGACGUUGGAGGACGAGAUUUAUACGACUGUCCCCGUGGAGAUCACGACGAAGGAGGAUGCGCUGGCGCUGCGGAUUUGGAACGUUAUACAGGGAUUGCGGACGCUGAGGGAGUUUGGAAUUACGAGAGAGCUGGAGGUUUGGGGUUUGGUGGAUGGGGAGCUUGUUAAUGGGGUUAUUGACCAGCUUUCCUAUGAGUGUCCUGACCCGGAGCUUGAGGCUUCCGCCGCUGCUCACUAUGCGGAGACAGAGGCAUCGAGGGCGGUCUUGCCUGAGUACCAGAUGUCGCUGACGGAUCACUUGCUGUCUCCUGCGCAUGGGGGGAAGAGACUAGCCGAUAUGUCGUACCAUGAGGUAGAGCCCGAGGCGGCAGAGGAUCCGAUUAGCAGUCAAUCCUCUGCUGAGAUCCAGCAUCUGCCCCGGAUUUACUUGACUGAUGUCAAGACGCGAGGGAGCAGCUCGACGCCGACUGUGAAGAGCUCAUCGUUCCGGCCGACGAUGCUUCAACUUCAGCUUUACUACCACAUGCUCAAUCGUUUAAUCACGAGCGAUGAUGUUACCAUCGAGAUGCUUGCGUCGCGGUACGAGCUUGAUCCAAAGAAGACCUUUACCGACGCCUUCAUCAGCCAAGUCGGCUCCCUGAACGAUCAGUUCUUCGAUGCCCUCUCCUCCCUAGAAUUUGACCCUGAUUAUGUUCCCACCCCCGAGGAUGCACUCACACGACACCAAUGGCAUUCAUCCCAAAGCUCCGACGACGCAGAGCCAAAAGAUUGCCCACCCUCUGCAAGCCAGGAUUCCACCAGUGUUCUCCUCGCAAACAGCAACCUCACCAGUCUCUGGAAACUGAUGAAAGACCAGCUUCGCUUUACUUUCCUCCCUCCGGCACUCUCAUCCGCUCCAGUUGCACCUUCGAUCCCAUCAGAGUUUCAACCCCGCAUGCUGGAGCCCUACCCCACGAUCCUCUCGCCCCUUCUCACAGCCCGCUACAUUUCGUCUGCCGCAACCGCUGAUCUCCAGCCCCGAGUCUUGGGAAGUCGAUCCUUCUUGUUCGACCCUACCUCAUUGGAGUCGUACGUAUCCGACCAAAUGAACUGGUGGCGUGGCCAACGGACCCCGCGCGGUGUUGAGGUUAUGGAGGCCUGGAAAUGUCGGAUCUGCGAGUUCCAGGAUGAUUGCGAGUGGCGUCAGGAGCGGGAGUGGGCCUAUGUGAGGAAGAAGGGAUACGUCCAGGCGUGA